AUGGCUGAUGCCGAGCAGAAAAAGAGCUUCUCCAUGGGCAUAGACUUGGGCACCACAUAUUCCUGCGUGGGAAUCUUCAAGGAUGGAGAGGUGCAGAUUAUCGCCAAUGACCAGGGAAACAGAACGACGCCAUCUUAUGUGGCAUGGACGGAGAAUGAAAGACUUCUGGGUGAUGCUGCCAAAAAUCAGGUUGCAAGCAAUCCCACCAACACCGUUUUUGAUGCGAAGCGCCUUAUCGGACGCAAGUUCCAGGAUCCGGUCGUACAGGCCGAUCUGAAGCUAUGGCCUUUCAAGGUCGUGUCCGAUGGUUCAACGGAUGACAAGCCCUUGAUAGAGGUGUUUUACCAGGGAGUUGCCAAAGUCUUCCAUCCGGAGGAGAUUUCCUCCAUGAUUCUGACGAAGAUGAAGCAGACAGCAGAGGCCUUUAUGGGUCAACGCGUUCGGAACGCGGUCAUCACCGUACCGGCAUACUUCAAUGACUCUCAAAGGCAGGCUACGAAAGACGCCGGGGAAAUUGCAGGAUUGAAUGUGAUGCGGAUUGUCAAUGAGCCCACAGCUGCAGCGAUUGCUUAUGGCCUGGAUGCUAAGUCCAAGGAGCGCAAGGGUGGAAGCGUCAAGGAGACAAACAUCCUAGUUUUCGACAUGGGCGGCGGCACUUUUGAUGUCUCCAUUUUGACAAUCACAGACACGGUCUUCGAAGUAAAAGCCACUGCUGGAGAUCCUCACUUGGGUGGGGAGGAUUUUGACAAUCGCAUGCUCAGCUACUGCAUCUCGGAGUUCCGCCGAAAGCACAAGUCCGAUCCAACACGGAAUCAACGAGCCCUCCGAAGACUCCGGACACAGUGCGAGCGUGCGAAGCGGCAGCUUUCCACACAGACCUCCGUGACCAUAGAGAUAGACUCCUUGCACGAGGGUGUUGACUUUAGCCUGCGGCUUUCCCGUGCAAAGUUUGAGGAGCUUUGUAUGGACUACUUCAAGAAGGCCAUGGAGCCUGUUUCGCAGUGCCUGGCGGAUAGCAGCCUUCCCAAGUCCCAGAUCUCUGAUGUUGUCCUCGUUGGCGGAUCCACGCGCAUCCCCAAAGUUCAAGAACUAAUCAGUUCCUUCUUCAACGGCAAGCACCUUUGCAAGGAGAUCAACCCGGAUGAGGCCGUCGCAUACGGGGCAGCUGUGCAGGCAGCCAUCGUCUCGGGCACAGGAACUGAAGAGGUCGAGAAUAUGCUGCUUUUGGACGUGGCGCCUCUGUCGUUGGGUAUUGAGAUGGCAGGUGGCAUGAUGCAGAAGCUCAUCGAGCGAAACAGCACCAUUCCAACUAACAAGAGCCAGGACUUCACGACCGCGGAGGACUAUCAGGACCACGUGGAGAUCAAGGUCUACGAGGGCGAGCGGGCUAUGGUCAAAGACAACAAUUACCUGGGCAAGUUCGUCCUCACAGGUCUGCCAAAGACGCUGCGGGGCGUCCCGAAGAUCAAGGUCACUUUUAAUGUGGACUCCAACGGAAUCCUGGAAGUGACCGCAGAGGACAUGAAGACGCACAGAAAAGGAGAAAUUCAGAUCACCAACGAAAAAGGUCGCCUUUCUCAGCGCGAGAUCGAGCGCAUGCUGCAAGAUGCGGAGCAGCACAAGGAUGAAGAUGAUCUGGCAAGGGGUGAGAUCAUGGCCAGAGAGUCCCUGACCGUGUACAUGCGACGGACAAGGAAGGCCAUGGAUGAGAUCGACUCUGACAAAAUUCUCCGGCGAGAUAAAGAGCGCCUUGAGAAGAAGAUGGAGGAGGUGGACGUUUGGCUGGACGAGUUCUCGAUGAAGGCAACGAAGGAGGAAUUCGAAGCCAAGCAGAGGGAGCUGGAAGCCGCCAUGAACACCAUCAUGUUGAAAAUCAACAGGACGGAGAGCGAUUUCUGGGAACAACAGGCAGCGCUGCCUGACAACGAGAAGACGAUCGAGAAGGGCGGGUACUACCUGGACAACGGCCUGGACAUUCGCGACCUCAUCGAAGAUCCAGACUAG